GAGUCACGGCAUUAAGAGAGAAUUGAACUCACCGCCUGAAUUAUCAAAUGUGAAUUCGCUCCAAAGCUAUAAAAGUGCAUGCGCACGUGCUGCCUCGCAACCGACGCACAAGACGCAAGAGGCUUUUAAUUCCCACUGUUUUCAUGCAGCACAAACUAUAGACUGCUCGAAAAGUUUUGCAAUGCCGCAAACACCUGUGAAUGAUGCUGAGGACUGAAAAGUGAGAUUUAAAAUGAGCACAAAUGGCAGCACAUUAGCGAACAUUUCCUCGCUGCCUCCUCAGGAGCUCACACUCAGCCGUCCUCCUUGGCUUUCCAGCACUCUGGGGAGUGUUCUCAUCUUCACCAUCGUGGUCGACAUACUAGGCAACCUGCUGGUUAUUUUCUCCGUGUACAGGAAUAAGAAGCUCAGAAACGCAGGGAACAUAUUUGUGGUGAGCCUGGCAGUAGCAGACCUAGUAGUGGCAGUUUAUCCCUACCCACUGGUGCUGAUGUCUAUUUUCAACAAUGGAUGGAACCUGGGCUUUGUACAUUGCCAAAUCAGUGGCUUUCUGAUGGGACUAAGUGUCAUUGGGUCCAUAUUUAAUAUCACUGGCAUUGCUUUAAACAGGUACUGUUACAUUUGUCACAGCCUCAAGUAUGACAAGCUCUACAGUGACAAAAACUCCCUGUGCUACGUCAUCCUGAUAUGGAUCCUAACCGUUGUCGCUAUAGUGCCGAACUUCUUUGUGGGCUCACUGCAGUAUGACCCCCGGGUGUACUCAUGCACGUUCGCACAGUCUGCCAGUUCGGCCUAUACUAUUGCAGUGGUCUUCUUUCACUUCAUCCUUCCCAUAUUGGUUGUCACCUAUUGCUACAUGAGGAUCUGGAUUCUGGUCAUCCAGGUGCGAAGACGUGUCAAACCUGAGUUCCGACCCAAGCUUACGCCACAUACAGUGAGGAAUUUUGUCACCAUGUUUGUUGUGUUUGUGCUUUUUGCCAUCUGUUGGGCACCACUUAACUUUAUUGGCCUGGCUGUUGCUGUGAAUCCUGAGCGGGUGGCACCUCUCAUCCCGGAGUGGCUCUUUGUAUUUAGUUAUUUCAUGGCCUACUUUAACAGCUGCCUUAAUGCCAUUGUGUAUGGACUGCUCAAUCAGAACUUUAGACAAGAGUACAAAAAAAUCAUCAUCUCAUUUUGCACUGCUAGGAUGUUCUACCCAGACAGCUCCAAUGAUGCUGUAGACAGGAUAAAAAGCAAGCCAUCUGCUUUAUUGUCAAACAAUAACCAAGUGAAAGUUGACUCAGUGUAAACACUUACACUGGUUUAAGGUUUAAUCCAGCGUGAGCAAGAUGCACAAGAAAUACUUCAAAUACUUCUCUGGACUCCUUGGGACUGUAAAAGGUACUAUAUACUAAUAAAUCUAUAAACAAUGUAUUCAGACAUACAGGGUGUAUGAUUUUUCUUUAACAAAUUCUUUGAGUCAUGUUUACAUUUCUUAAUGGGGAAAGAUGUUUAUUUAUCGUGACAGUUUUUAUUGAUCAUUUUGUUCUCAAAUGUCACCUCAGAGUAACAACAACAAAAAAACAAAGUAUUUGUUUUAGUAUUUAUAAUUUUUAAAGUUAUGCAUUUGACGUUUGAUAACAGACUUUGCUUACAGUGAGAAUACAAAGAGGUUAUCUGCAGCACAUGAAACCCCUCUUUUAAGCUUGGUGAAUAAUUGUUGUUUGGCCUUAUAAAAGUCAGCAAGGUGAUGUUCAACAAAGUAUACUUUGUUAAAUUGAAAUAUGUUGUGACCCCAUUGAUGGACUGGAAAACAAAUUGCAAAGAUUGCAUUGUAUUUUACAUUGUUUUUGAUUCUAGAGCUUUAUAACCUUCUUAUAUGCGCCAAAGUGAUUCAAAAGUUCCAGUGCCAUUUUUUUGGUGUCAUUGUCAUAAGACACAUUAACACUCCAGUCAAACCAUCUACAGUAUGUGCAAACUUUUCUUUAAAUUUCAAACUCAAUCUGGCAACCAACAGUACUGCAAAGAAAAUAAAUGUGUGUGUGUUUUUUUUUUUAAAUCACCCUGUAUUUGAAUUAAAGAGCUUGAAUAAUUGAAAGCAUUACAAGAGGAUGAACUGUUAAUCAUGGAAGACUGAAGAGUUAAUGCAAUAUUUUCAUGUCAUAUGGAGAAUUGCUAUAAGCAAAAUAAACCUGGUGAUAAUAUUA